AUGGCUGCAGCCUGUCAACGUUAUCCAGACCAAAUUAAAGGCAGAGAGCUUCCAGAAGUGAAUGAUGGAGAAGAAUCCAUCAGGAUACAAGAUCAUAGAGAUGCCCCCAUAUUUUUAGAGACUAAAAAAACUGAGAAUGAUGAAGAGAAUAGUGAUGUAGAACACCCUCUCUCUGUCCUGAAACACUGGUCAGACUCUGGACUUAAGAAAUGUUCUACAAAGAAGAAAAAUGUGGAGUCUCAAAGGAAAGUCCAGCCAGAAUUGAAGUUUAGCUGCAAAGACUGUGGUAAAAUGUUUAUCAGAAAAUAUGGUUUAAAAAUACACAUGAAAAUCCAUACAGGAGAGAAGCCUUUCUGUUGUGAUCUAUGUGGACGCAAAUUUAGCCACAAAUCAGCUUUAAACGAACACAUAACGAUCCACUCAGGACAAAAGCCUUUCUGUUGUGAUCUAUGUGGACAAAGAUUUAACAAAAAAUCCUAUUUAAAAACACACAUGAGAAUCCAUACAGGACAAAAGCCUUUCUGUUGUGAUCUAUGUGGACACAAAUUUAGCCACAAAUCAGCUUUAAACUCACACAUGAGAAUCCACACAGGACAAAAGCCUUUCUGUUGUGAUCUAUGUGGACAAAGAUUUAACAAAAUAUCCUAUUUAAAAACACACAUGAGAAUCCAUACAGGACAAAAGCCUUUCUGUUGUGAUCUAUGUGGACACAAAUCUAGCGACAAAUCAGCUUUAAACAGACACAUAACAAUCCACACAGGACAAAAGCCUUUCUGUUGUGAUCUAUGUGGACAAAGAUUUAACCAAAAAUCUAAUUUAAACACACACAUGAUAAUCCAUACAGGACAAAAAAAUUUCAGUUGUGAUCAAUGUGGACAAAGAUUUAGCCGAAAAUCAACUUUAAACACACACAUGAUAAUCCAUACAGGAGAGAAGCCUUUUUGUUGUAAUCUAUGUGGACAUAGAUUUAGCCACAGAUCAAAUUUAAACACACACAUGAGAAUCCAUACAGGAGAGAAG